UUUGUAUUCACACAUGGAGUUGGUUUGAAUAAUCUCGUAUUGCAAAAAUAUAUAAAAUGUAUAAUUAAAUCAUUGUAAGUUCUAAUCUUCAAUGAAAUUUGAUCUUAUUAAAGGAUUUCGUAGUUACUUAUUAUGCAACUCAUUUAAAAGUCUGAGAAAUUUUUCAAGCACAAUUAAAAUGCAAGUUUUUACCCAAAAACGUAAUCCAAUCACUGGCGAUACGGAGUGGGACGUUCAACAUGAAGAUUACGACUAUCACCAAGAAAUAGCCCGAUCAGCUUUUGCUGAUAUGCUUCACGAUACAGAAAGAAAUAAGAAAUACCAUAGAGCUUUGCAACUUGCAAUACAAAAAAUGCAUAAUCAUGGCAAGAAAGCAAAUGUAUUGGACAUAGGAACUGGUACAGGAUUACUGUCUAUUAUGGCAGCAAAGUGCGGGGCUGAUACUAUCACUGCCUGUGAAGCAUUCAAACCUAUGGCAGAAUGUUGUAUAAAGAUCUUAGAGAUGAAUGGUGUAGCUGAUAAAAUUAUUGUCAUUCCCAAAAGAUCCACAGAGUUGACAGUUGGUGAUGAUGGAGACAUGAAGCAGAAGGCUAAUAUAUUAGUUACCGAAGUUUUUGAUACUGAAUUGAUUGGUGAAGGUGCGUUGUCAACCUUUUCACAUGCGCAUAAAUAUCUCCUAGAAGAAGAAUGUAUUGUAAUUCCGGACUCAGCUGUAAUAUAUGCUCAGGUUAUUGAAAGCCCUCUACUGCAAAAAUGGAAUAAAGUAAAUGAUUUAGUCGAUGAAGAUUUGCAUCUAAUACUACGUACACCUAAAAAGAUGAAAGAUUGUGCAGGUUCUGCAGCUGUCCAUGAUAUUCAGCUGUCACAAGUUCCUCGGGAAGCAUUCAAGGAAUUGUCUGAUCAGAUCCCAAUAUUUUAUUAUGAUUGGUCUGGUAAUUCCUCAAUUGACAUGAAACGUAGUGUCCAACAGCUCUUCACAGUGACUAAUACUGGCAAAGCUCAAAUGAUCUUUAUGUGGUGGGAACUCAAUAUGGAUCCUGAAGGUAAAAUAUGCUUAAGUUGUGCACCAUGGUGGGCACAUCCCGAUGCUAAUUUAUCAUCAGAAAGCCCCAAAGACACCAUACCAUGGCGUGACCAUUGGAUGCAAGCAGUUUAUUAUCUACCAAGGGAAUUGACAUUGGAAAAGUAUUCUGACGUCUCUUUGAUAUCCUGCCAAGAUGAGUACUCUCUAUGGUUCUAUUUACAAGAUGAGAAAACAAAACAUAAACAUUAUCAGAGACCCGUAUGUGAGUGUGGGGUUCACAUGGCUCUAUCAAGAACUCAUGUUUCUUAUUUAAACGAUGGAAGACGAAGUAAAAAAUUACUUCAGAAAGUAAUUGAAGAAAUUUCAAAUGAUUCUGUAGUUUUAGACCUAAAUGGUAGUAGUUUUCUUGGGCUGGCUGCUGCAAGAGUUGGUGCUAAGUCCGUUUACAUCAUUGAAAAUAUGAGUUUAAAUAUUGGAAUCUUGAAUGACUAUAUUAAAGAGAAUGGAAUAGAAAAUGUUCAGAUAAUUUCAGAACCGACAGAUGAGAUAUUAGAAAAUGUGACUAAUAUAGUCUGUGAUCCCAACUUUAGUAGUGCAAUACUACCUUGGGAGAAUUUAAAAGUGGCGUACUUGUUGUACAAGUAUAGCAGUAAAUUGAAGGAUAAUAUUUCUAUAAUACCUACAAGUUGUGAGUUUUGGGCAAUGCCCGUUGAAUUUCAAGAUUUGCAUAAGAUAAGGAUACCUCUUGGUGUUUGCGAGGGAAUUGACAUGUCUAUAUUUGAUAUACUUGUUGAGAAGUCUCGAAUGAUCAGCGAUGCGGAGAUAGAAGCUCAGCCGCUGUGGGAGUAUCCUUGUAAAUGUCGUGGACUGCCGAGGAAACUGUUUGAUAUCCACUUGAAAGAUUUGAAGCCUACUUUCGCAUUUGAUGGGAAAAAUCCAAUCGUGGAUUCAGAAAUUGAAGGUGUUAAUUCAGUGAACGGUUUCGCGAUAUGGGCCGUGUGGGUAGUGGGAAAGAACCGUAUUAGCUCGGGGCCCGUGGACUGGCCGAACUUUGGGGAGAACGUAAAUUGGGAUUUGCACACCAGACAGGCGGUGAAGAUACUUAAACAUUCAAGAACAGUAACUGACUCGGACGUAUGGUAUUAUCAAGUAGCCUGCGAUUUAGAAAAGGGCCAAUUCAAUCUUCAUAUAGACUGGGUCAAUGAAGAAUAAUUAUAGUCUGUGUCAAUCAUAUAUUUAAUAAACAUUGAUGUGAUGACUGUAU